AAUCUGCACUGCUCUUAAAACCAGGCCCCUGUGCCUCGGCCCCCCUGUCGCACCACCCCCGGCCCCUGACUGAGGACAGAUAACGCUCGGGCAAGAGAGUGCCAGACAGACGGAGAGAGAGAGAAACAGGGAGAUAACCCAGAGUGGGAAGGAGAGGACUGACUAUGCCAGCGUACGCCACCAACAUGAGGUUCAAGUUCCCCAUCAUCGCGUUGACCCUGGAGAUUCUCACCAUCAUCCUCUACGCCGUGUUUGUGGUUUAUGAUGACGGCAAGUCCUCACACGGUCACCAUGACGACAAUAAGACGGAACCCGCGCACGAGGAGGACCCUCUGGCGCUGUACCCCAUGUUUCAGGAUGUCCAUGUGAUGAUCUUCAUCGGCUUUGGCUUCCUGAUGACCUUCCUGAAGCGCUAUGGAUUCAGCAGUGUGGGCAUCAACCUGCUGCUGGCCGCCUUUGGCCUCCAGUGGGGCCUGCUGCUGCAGAACGUCUGGCACAUGGACGAUGGCAAGAUCAAAGUUGGCAUCAUCCAUAUGAUCAACGCUGACUUCAGCACGGCCACUGUGCUCAUCUCCUUUGGAGCCGUCUUAGGGAAAACCAGUCCUGUCCAGCUCCUCAUCAUGACUCUGCUGGAGAUCACGACCUUCUGCAUCAACGAGCACAUCGUCGUGGGAAUUCUGGGAGCCUCUGAUAUCGGAGCGUCUAUGACCAUCCAUGCCUUCGGUGCCUACUUUGGCCUGGCUGUGGCCCGCAUGCUGUACCGCCCUGCUCUGAGGAACGGUCACGAGAACGACGGCUCUGUCUACCACUCUGACCUGUUCGCCAUGAUCGGUACGGUCUUCCUGUGGAUGUUCUGGCCAAGUUUCAACUCGGCCAUUGCUGACAAAGGGAUGCCUCAGCUCAUGGCCGUCACCAACACCUACUUCUCCCUGGCCGCGUGCGCUCUGUCCGCCUACGCCACCUCCAGUCUGGUUGAGCAUAAGGGUAAACUCGACAUGGUGCACAUUCAGAAUGCCACCCUUGCCGGAGGUGUCGCCGUGGGAACCUGCGCCAACAUGGCCAUCGGCCCAUUUGGUGCCAUGAUCAUUGGCAUGCUGGCUGGCAUCAUCUCCACCCUCGGCUUCAAGUUCCUCACUCCCAUCCUGGCAUCUAACCUGGGGAUCCAGGACACUUGCGGGGUCCACAACCUGCACGGCAUGCCCGGCAUUCUGGGGGGUCUGGCUGGAAUCGUGGCGGCUGCUCUCGGCAAGCUGGAGAGUACGGAUGCCACCAAGCAGGCUGCAGGCCUGGCCUGUUCUCUGGGCAUUGCCCUUGUUGGUGGUGCCAUCACAGGCUUCAUCUUGAAGCUUCCAAUCUGGAGUCAGCCACCAGACCAGAAUUGCUUUGAUGACUCCCUCUACUGGGAGGUUCCCGAGGAGGAGGAAGAGAACGAGGAGAGUCUGGCCCACGGAGAUCAUUCCAAAAACAAGACAGAGGCUUAGGGUCAAACCUGGCUUGAGUGCAGCUAUCACACACUUCAUGGUUGUGAGUUAGGCAUAAGAGAGUCACCAGGGGGAUUUAGAGAAUUUUGUGACAGUAGGAAUAGAAAUUCUGAAUAAUUUGAGAUGUUAACUGGGUUUUUGAGCCACGCUUUUUGUUUUUUGAUUCAAAUUGUAUAAUGAUGCACUGGCUGGAUUUAAUGGACUUUAAACCCAUAUCAAUAGAAAAAAAAUGUUGGCAACCAUUAAUUACAAUUCACAUUGCCAGUGCUUUAGUGCUACUUUUGCCACAUCGAAACUUACUGAGUCUUGUGGCCGGGUGGAUAUGCUUUAAAAGAGCAUCUACUGAAUGUAAUCACUGAGAUAUUCUCAAGAGAUUGGACAGUGAGAUGCAUGUAUUUUUGUUAUGUACCCCACAUCUUUAAUGUUGCAAUCGGGACAGUUUAUGCCAGGCAAAGCCGCAUCUAUUUUUUUUAAGCUAAAAGUGAUCAGGAGGAAUGUUACUCUCACCAUCCCCCUUAGUGAAUAUAAAAUUAAGCAAAAGAGCUAUGAGAAUCACGACAAUAGCGGGAACAUUCUGUGUGAAAACAUUCCACAAUACAGAAUGCUAUUCUGUGUAUGGCUGGUGAUUAUGAGGGGUGUGUGCACAAUCAAUUCCCAUACAUGUACAUAACAACACAUAUAUCAGGGCACUCAUGGAUUUAUUUGUUCAUUUGCAAUAAGCUUUUCUACACUCUCAGAAAAGGUUUCCUUAUGGACGCCAUUAACAGGUUGUUGCCCUGAUCAUUUCAAACACAACUUUUAAGAGAUGUCCUGUGAAGACAAGCAGAAGAACCUUUAAGGCUUCGGGGCAUCACCAGUUCUUUUUCUGAGAAUGUAUGAUGGAUUACUCAGGAGAAAGUGAGGCAGGGGCGUGUUGGUCUUUAGUCCAGCAGCUCUCCCUCAAUCACACAAAUAUUAUGCUUGCUUCUGGUCCUCAGAGGCAAAAAUAGCCUGGUAAAAAAGUGUAUAUUCUUCUGUUGCGGUAUUUUGGAACAACUGUCUUGUAUUGAAAAUGAAAUAGAAAUAGUAUGUACCUUAUUUUUAGUAGUACACCCUACUAUGUUCCAAACAGAUUAAUGACUUCAAAAUAUUUCUGAUAUUCUCUUCUACAAUGUUAUGCAUGCAGUUGUUCCAAAAUAGCACAGCUUAAGUAUACUUAUUUAUUUUACUGGGACAGGCACUCACACUGGAGCCAAAGGGCCUGAUGUUGUCUGGCCUCAGGCCUCUCACCUCAGAUAGAAACAGACUGCAUGCUGGGCUAGGAUAGAUACACACAGCUAUUAGCCGUUCACACUCUUGUGUUGUUUGUCUUUUGUUUGUUAGUUUCCUCAGUUUCUUUUGCUUAAAUCUUUUUUUUUGUACAGCAUGUAUGUAAACAUAACGAUAUAGUCUGCUUCUAGUCUUCCCCGCAUCUCUUCUGACGACUAGUACUGGGGCUUUUGGUCUUACAUCAGUGGAUUAAUGUACUGCACCAAUUUAACUUACUCUGUACAACUAACAGCAAAGUAUGGAAACUGAAGUGCAGUGAGGAGAAGGAAGUAGUGGUAAACACAAAGGCCAUAGACCCUCAGUGGAGAACAGGGAGAAACUGAACAGACUACGGAUAGGUUAGACUCUAGGUAUUUAGCUUUGCAGAUGUUACAGUAAAUGCUAGCAUAGUGAACUUGUGUCUUAGAGGUAAAGCGUAGUGCACCAGAAAGGUUUAACUUUAUUUUUUUUUAAGGCUUGGCCAUAAAUGUUUAUUUUCAAAUGAGAUUCAAAUGUACCACACUUUGUACAAUGUAUUGAAUACGGAUACUGUCAUUUAUAAACUUGCUUUUAUACAAUA